AGUUCAAGAUGGCGGCGCCCAAUGGCACUAUGAGCGAUUCGGAAAGCAGUAGCAGCAGCAGCGAUGCGGAGGAGCUGGCGCGGUGCCGCGAGUCAGCAAUGCAGGCCUGGGGCUUGGAGCAACGGCCGCACGGGGCAGUGAAGCCAGAAGCCGGUGCUGCAAAUAACCAGUUGUCAACCUCCCAACCGAGCCUCAGGCCUAAGGUGGAUGAGCAUGAACAAGAUGGCAACGAGCUUCAGACCACCCCCGAAUUUCGAGCCUACGUAGCCAAGAAGCUGGGAGCCCUGCUGGACAGCUCCAUUACCAUCUCAGAAGUAGCAAAGGAGCCAACACAAGCUCAGGUACAGAAAGUCCCAGAGGAUGAUGGUUUCCGCCUUUUCUUCACGUCUGUCCCUGGAGGCCGUGAGAAGGAAGAGUCGCCCCAACCCCUCCGAAAGCGCCCUCCCUCCAGCUCCAGCAGUGAGGACGGCGAUGAGCAGUGGCGGCAGUGCCGGGAGGCAGCUGUGUCGGCGUCGGACAUCCUGCAGGAGUCAGCCAUCCACGGCGCUGGCACAGUGGCGAAGGAGGCAAAGAAGAAAAGGAAGUUGAAAAAGAGAGCCAAGAAGGUGGCGAUAGUCACCACCACCACCCCCAGCGUGGCCACAGUCCAGAAGCAGAAGUCAGGUGAGCUCACCGGGGACCAGGUGUCGCUUGGAACCAAAAAGAAGAAAAAGAAGGAAAAGGCAAAGAAGGCCAGUGAGGCCUCUCCACUCCCACCAGCAAAGAGUGCCACAGUGGUGCCUGCAAACUGAAGCCAGCUGUGGGCACAGGGCUCAGCUCCAGUGACAGGAUGCCCCUGGGACAAGGCAUUUCCAAGCCCCACCUCCCUCUCCAAGUUCAAAGACUGGGCUGGCAAGUCUAUACUGCCCAUAAGACCCUGAUG